AACUAACAUUGCUCUUUCAUCUUUCUCUUCUUGACCAAGUGGCCAGUCUUUCAUAAAUUUAAAAAUUUAAUGUUUCCAUCUAAUCAUCAUCUCUCUACUUAAAUUUUCGUUACCAGAUCGAUAAAUGAUGAUCAAAUUUCCAUUUCCGGAAUCUGCAGGAUUUUUUUUCUGCAAAUGAAGAACACAAACGAUUCCACCUCUCAAUUCCACUCUCAGAGAUCACAGAGCUCCAAAUCCAGAAACGAACGCCGUUCCGGUGCUCUAAACAAGCGGAAUAAUGAUUCUGUACACUCCUACAAGUUCGUAAAAGCUGCUGUUAAUCGGGUUUCUCGGUUUUUCAAAUCUAUUUUUGUUGGUCGGAAUCCUUCUGUCUUCGGGAACAAAGAAGCUAAUAGUCCUCGUGCUUUCUCGACGGGAAGCUUCGGGAGGAAUUCGUUGGCUUUGAAGUCUAGUGGUUCGUAUGGUUCGUAUGGUUCGUAUGGUUCUUCGUCUAGCUUGCCCAAUGAAUUUUUUGCAGCUGCGGGAUUCACGAUUGAAGAAGUUUAUAGGGCGACGGGAAAUUUCUCUGCUGGGAAUGUUCUUGGAGCUGGAGCAUUUGGAACAGUGUAUAAAGGGAAGCUCAAAGAUGGGUCUCUUGUUGCCGUAAAGCGAGCCAAAAGGAAUGCGAGUGAGAGGCGAUUGCUGACAGAGUUCAGGAAUGAGAUACAAACUCUGUCAAGGAUCGAGCAUUUGAAUUUGGUACGCCUUUAUGGGUUUCUGGAGCAAGGAGAUGAGAGGAUUAUGAUUGUCGAAUAUGUUGGCAAUGGAAAUCUUCGGGAACAUCUUGAUGGGAAGCGAGGAGUCGGCCUUGAGAUUGGAGAGCGUCUGGACAUUGCCAUUGAUGUUGCUCAUGCUAUUACCUAUCUUCACAUGUACAAUGAUGCGCCAAUAAUCCAUAGAGACAUAAAGGCUACAAACAUCCUAAUCACGGAUAAACUACGGGCAAAAGUGGCAGAUUUUGGAUUUGCACGCCUCGUUCUGGAAGAUUCUAAUGUUACACAUGUCUCAACUCAAGUUAAAGGAACAGCAGGGUACUUGGAUCCUGAAUACCUAAGGACAUAUCAGCUCACUGAGAAGAGUGAUGUAUACUCCUUCGGUGUGUUGCUGGUAGAGCUCAUGACAGGGAGGCACCCAAUUGAAGCAAAGAGGGAUAUCAAAGAAAGAGUAACUAUAAGAUGGGCAAUGCAGAAACUUAAAGAAGGAGAAGCUGUGAUUGCCAUGGAUCCCAGACUUAGAAGGACUUCUGCAUCCACUGUGACAAUGGAGAAUAUGCUCAAAUUGGCUCGCCGAUGCCUUGAUCCUUCUAGACCAUCUCGGCCAUCCAUGAAAACUUGUGGUGAGGAGUUGUGGGGAAUUCGAAAGGAAUAUAAAGAUAGAUUAUUAUCGUCUUCUUACUCCGAGUCUCUUCGUUCAGCAGAUUUUCCGGCUCAAAAUGCCAGAAACAACCUUUAUGAAUCUUUUGGUAUUAAAGAGGACGAAGAUUUGUACAACAAAUUUAUUUCUGCAUAAGUCACCAGCUUUUCAUACCUCUUGUUCAUAUAGAAUACAAGUAACUAAUUCAUAUAUGUAUUUUUAUUGUAGUAAUCAUAUUUGUUAUAUAAGUUCCAUUUCCCAGGGUAUUGUUUGUAUAUUUUGUACUUUCAAAAUUUUUGCUAUGAUGUAAGAUUCCCCAAACAGUAUAUACUCAAAUACACUACUUUUGUUUGAGGUUCUUC